AUGUCGCGGAGGAAGCAAGCGAUUCAACAUUUCCAAUCCGACCCCGAGUGGCUCGUCCCCCGGCGAGAUGGGAAAUCUCCGAAGGGACAGCCCCAUCGCCCCGCCAAGAGCAAGGACGCCCACGUGUGCGGCCGGUGCUGCGCCGAGUUCUUCGAGCUGUCGGACCUCCUGCUCCACAAGAAGAGCUGCACCAAGAACCAGCUCGUGCUAAUCGUCACGGAGAGCCCCGCCUCCCCACCCGACACCUUCUCCCCCAGCCCCCCGCCCGAGAACCCCGGGGAACACGUGAAUGACACGCCUAGCAAAACCGAUCGAGGGGACGGCGGCGAGCUCCCGGAACCCCGCGGGCCGGACGGGGACGGGUCCAUGGAGGUGGAGGCCCCGGGGGCCGACAAGGGUGGCGGCGGCCCAUCUGGUGGCAGCAGCCACUCCGGCGCCAGCCCCGGCUGCUCCGGCAGCUCCUCCACGGGUACCUCAGCGAUCACAACCUCUCUACCUCAACCCGGGGACCUGGCGGCGCUGGGCGGCUUCUCCGUCAUCAACAGCAACGUCAUCAUCGAGAACCUGCAGAGCACCAAGGUGGCCGUGGCCCAGUUCUCCCAGGAGGCGCGGGGCGGGGGGGCGGCGGGGGGCAAGCCGGCCGUGCCCGCCCUCAUGGAGCAGCUCCUGGCGCUGCAGCAGCAGCAGAUCCACCAGCUGCAGCUGAUCGAGCAGAUCCGCCACCAGAUCCUGCUGCUGGCCUCGCAGAACGCCGACCUGCCCGCGUCCAGUCCCUCCCAAGGUCCUUUGCGAACAUCUGCCAACCCCUUGUCCACGCUGAGCUCCCAUUUGUCUCAGCAGCUGGCGGCCGCCGCCGGGUUAGCCCAGAGCCUGGCCAGCCAGUCGGCCAGCAUCGGCGGCCUGAAGCAGCUGCCCCCGGCCCAGCUACCUCAGAGCGGCUCUGGCCACACCAUCGUCCCCCCCCACGGCGGCGCUUCUCCCCACGUGAGCAUCUUGGCCACGGCGGUGACCACCCCGUCCGCGGACCGGGCGGCUCCGGGCGCCGGCGCCUCCCAGGCCGGCAGCCCCGCGGGGGUCUCGGCGGCGGCCUCCUCACCAGCGUUCGCCAUAAGCAGCUUGCUCAGCCCUGCGUCCAACCCACUUCUACCUCAGCCGGCCCCCGCCAGCGCGGUGUUCCCCAGCCCUUUGCCCAGCGUGGGCACGACCGCCGAGGACCUGAACCCCUUGUCGGCCUUGGCCCAGCAGAGGAAGAGCAAGCCGCCCGCCGUCGCGGCCUUCGAGGCCAAGAGCGCGUCCGACGAGGCGUUCUUCAAGCACAAGUGCAGGUUCUGCGCCAAGGUCUUCGGCAGCGACAGCGCCCUGCAGAUCCACCUGCGCUCCCACACGGGCGAGCGGCCCUUCAAGUGCAACAUCUGCGGGAACAGGUUCUCCACCAAGGGCAACCUCAAGGUGCACUUCCAGCGCCACAAGGAGAAGUACCCCCACAUCCAGAUGAACCCCUACCCCGUGCCCGAGCACCUGGACAACAUCCCCACCAGCACCGGCAUCCCCUACGGCAUGUCCAUCCCCCCCGAGAAGCCCGUCACCAGCUGGCUGGACACCAAGCCCGUCCUGCCCACCCUCACCACGUCGGUGGGCCUGCCGCUGCCCCCCACCCUCCCCAGCCUCACCCCCUUCAUCAAGACCGAGGAGCCGGCCCCCAUCCCCAUCAGCCGCUCCUCCGCCAGCCCCCCGGGCUCUGUCAAAAGCGACUCCGGGGGCCCCGAGCCCGCCCCGAGAAACCCGGGUGGGCUCCCGGGGGAGGAAGCCGAGGGGUCCGCGGUGCCACCCUCCGGUGGCCAAAGCGAAGAGAGCGGCGUGGUCGCCGGCUCCGGCCCAGCGGCGGGCAGCGGCGCCCUGAGCUCCCCGACGGCGGCGGACAACGGCCCGCCCGGCGCCGCCGCCGCCGCCUUCACCAACCCUCUGCUGCCGCUCAUGUCCGAGCAGUUCAAGGCCAAGUUCCCGUUCGGGGGCCUCCUGGACUCCACGCCGGCCUCGGAGACGUCCAAGCUGCAGCAGCUGGUGGAGAACAUCGACAAGAAGGCCGCGGACCCCAACGAGUGUGUCCUCUGCCACCGGGUGCUGAGCUGCCAGAGCGCCCUGAAGAUGCACUACCGCACGCACACCGGGGAGCGGCCCUUCAAGUGCAAGGUCUGCGGGCGCGCCUUCACCACCAAGGGCAACCUCAAGACCCACUACAGCGUGCACCGCGCCAUGCCCCCGCUGCGCGUGCAGCACUCCUGCCCCAUCUGCCAGAAGAAGUUCACCAACGCCGUGGUCCUGCAGCAGCACAUCCGCAUGCACAUGGGCGGCCAGAUCCCCAACACGCCCGUGCCCGACGGCUACCCCGAGUCCAUGGGCUCCGACACCGGCUCCUUCGACGAGAAGAACUUCGACGACGUGGACAACUUCUCCGAUGAGAACAUGGACGACGGUCCCGACGGCAGCAUCCCCGACACGCCCCGGUCGGCGGACGCCUCCCAGGACAGCCUGUCGUCCUCGCCGCUGCCCCUGGAGGUGUCCAGCAUCGCGGCCCUGGAGAACCAGAUGAAGAUGAUCAACGCCGGCCUGGCCGAGCAGCUGCAGGCCAGCCUCAAGGCCGUGGAGAACGGGUCGGUCGAGGGGGACGUCCUGACCAACGACUCGUCCUCGGUGGGGGGCGACGUGGAGAGCCAGAGCGCGGGCAGCCCGGCCAUGUCCGAGUCCACCUCGUCCAUGCAGGCUCUGUCCCCCUCCAGCGGCGCCCAGGACUCCCACAAGUCGCCCGGCGGCGCCGACGAGAAGCCCCCGAGGGCGGUCCCCGGCGAGUUCGCCAACGGCCUGUCUCCCGCCCCCGUGAACGGCGGGGCCCUGGACUUGACCUCGAGCCACGCGGAGAAAAUCAUCAAGGAAGAUUCUCUGGGGUUCCUCUUCCCGUUCAGGGACCGGGGGAAGUUUAAGAACACGGCUUGCGACAUUUGUGGCAAAACGUUCGCUUGUCAGAGUGCCUUGGACAUUCACUACCGGAGUCAUACCAAAGAGAGACCCUUCAUUUGCACAGUCUGCAGCCGCGGCUUCUCCACCAAGGGCAACCUGAAGCAGCACAUGCUGACCCACCAGAUGCGCGACCUCCCCUCCCAGCUCUUCGAGCCCAGCUCCAGCCUCGGCCCCGGUCAGAGCCCGGCGGCGGCGAUGCCCCCCGCCAACCCCUUGUCGUCGCUCAUCAAAACCGAGGUCAACGGCUUCAUGCACGUCCCUCCUCAGGACAGUAAGGACCCCCCUGCCGGCCACGUCCCCCCCGGGCCCUCCGCCACGUCCCCGGUGCUGCUGCCGGCCCUGCCCCGGAGAACUCCCAAGCAACACUACUGCAACACGUGCGGCAAGACCUUCUCCUCGUCCAGCGCCCUACAGAUCCACGAGCGGACUCACACCGGGGAGAAGCCCUUCGCGUGUACUAUCUGCGGAAGAGCGUUCACGACAAAAGGCAAUCUGAAGGUCCACAUGGGCACCCACAUGUGGAACAGCACCCCCGCGCGGCGGGGCCGGCGGCUCUCCGUGGACGGCCCCAUGACAUUCCUCGGAGGCAAUCCCGUCAAGUUCCCCGAAAUGUUCCAGAAGGACCUGGCGGCCCGGUCGGGCAGCGGCGAUCCUUCCAGUUUCUGGAACCAGUACGCGGCGGCGCUCUCCAACGGGCUGGCCAUGAAGGCCAACGAGAUCUCCGUCAUCCAGAACGGCGGCGUCCCUCCCAUCCCCGGCAGCCUGGGCAGCGGGAGCAGCUCGCCCAUCAGCGGGCUGACGGGCAACCUGGAGAAGCUCCCCAACUCCGAGCCCAGCGCGCCCCUGGCCGGCCUGGAGAAGAUGGCCAGCAGCGAGAACGCCGCCGCCAGCUUCCGGCUCACCCGCUUCCUGGAGGACAGCAAGGAGAUCGUCACCAGUUAA